AUCUUGCAUCCAAAAAUUCAUUGACGAUGGCCUUCCAUGGUACAGUGAUGUUAUCAGGUGGUGAUACAUAAUACUAUGGUACUAAAAUAUGUUACAUGAUACCAUGUUCCAUUUCAAACAUAUAUUUCACAUACAGUCUCUGUAUUAUUUAAUGAGUUUAGUUUGGAUAACCACUGGACAAGAGGGUCUUCUCAAGACGCGCGCCCCCGUCUGUCGCGUAGUGAUAGCGCGCUUCCCCCGCUCUUCUGAGAGCGAGAGCGAGAGAGAGAGAGAGAGAGAGAGAGAGAGAGAGAGAGAGAGAGAGAGAGAGAGAGAGAGAGAGAGAGAGAGAGAGAGAGAGAGCAAAUAAGGCUGAGCAGCGGCAACAGCAGCAGCGCCAGUGGCGGCAGCAGCGUCAAAGCAUCUGCGCGUCUCCGAACUGCCUUGUCUCGGGCCAAUCAUUCCCUCAGCCCCGUUACCGAUUGAGAUUUAACAGCGGCUUUGGAUCUUAACGAGCCUUCUACAUCCUCGUCGACAUCUCGGCGCAAGCCCCCGUUCGCUUGACUACCGGUUCCGUUCAUAUCUACCCAGUUUCUUGAAUUUUUAAUGGAAAAUGGCGAUGUUUGCUCAGUCCUCCAGUCUGUUCUGCGUCCUCUCCGUCCAAACUGUGCUGCUCUUCAGCGUCUCCUCACCGGGAACGGCGACGCUCCUCUUUCCUCAGCACUACACGAUGAUGCACUGGGCCGGUCGCAUAGAGAAGGAACUGGAGAAGGUGCUGCAGCUGGUCACCGGAGGCCAACAAAUGAAAGGAAUUUAUAUCGACAAGAAAAGUCAUUUUAAUGUGGAGCGAAAUACGCCCAAACAGCUGGUGGAGAAGGUGGCAGAAGACAUCGCCAAUCUGCUGAAAAGGAAACGUAAAGCUCUGGAGAGGUUGGCUGGAGAGGCUGAAAAAAUCCAACGAGAGCAUCAAUGGCAAGAUGGAAUCAAAGAAAACGACAUCCAGUAUUACGACUCCAAAGGCGACUCGGAUGUUCCGGAUGAUGAUGAUGGAGAAAACCUCUUGGAAAAUCCGAACUCUCUGUCUUUGGAGUUUGUGGAGGACCCCAACUUCAAGAAUAAAGUCAACUACUCAUAUACGGCUGUACAGAUUCCUACCGACAUCUACAAAGGCUCUCCCACUAUCCUGAACGAGCUGAACUGGACUCAGUCUCUGGAGAGGGUCUUCAUUGAAAACAGUCGUGAGGAUCCUUCGCUGCGCUGGCAGGUGUUUGGCAGUGCCACUGGUGUCACUAGAUACUACCCAGCCACUAAGUGGAGAGCACCCAACAAGAUUGACCUGUAUGAUGUGAGGAGACGCCCGUGGUACAUUCAGGGAGCCUCUUCUCCAAAGGACAUGGUCAUCAUCGUAGACGUGAGUGGCAGUGUCAGUGGACUGACCCUGAAGCUAAUGAAAACCUCUGUCAUUGAGAUGCUGGACACACUUUCUGAUGACGACUACGUAAACGUGGCUCGGUUCAACGAGAAAGCGUACGCCGUGGUGUCGUGCUUCACCACGCUGGUCCAAGCGAACAUAAGAAACAAGAAGAUCUUCAAAGAGGCUGUGAUGAACAUGCAAGCAAAGGGGACGACAGACUACAAGACCGGCUUUCAGUUUGCCUUUGACCAGCUGCUAAAUGAGACCAACGCUCCGAGAGCAAACUGCAAUAAAAUGAUAAUGAUGUUCACAGACGGCGGUGAAGAUCGUGCUCAGGACAUCUUUGAGAAGUACAACUGGCCAAACAAAACAGUGAGAGUUUUCACAUUCUCGGUGGGACAGCACAACUAUGAUGUCACUCCUCUGCAGUGGAUCGCCUGUGCCAACAAGGGUUACUACUUUGAGAUCCCUUCCAUUGGAGCCAUAAGAAUCAACACACAGGAGUACUUGGAUGUUCUGGGACGGCCAAUGGUGCUGGCAGGCCAAAGGGCGAAACAAGUGCAGUGGACCAAUGUUUACCAGGAUGCUCUGGGUUUAGGUCUCGUCAUUACUGGCACAAUGCCAGUCUUCAAUCUCACCGCUGAUGGGGACUCCAAAAAUCAGUUGAUUCUUGGUGUCAUGGGUGUGGACAUCGCUCUCAGUGAAAUUAAAGAACUCACACCGCGGUAUAAGCUUGGAGCCAAUGGUUACACGUUUGCCAUAGAUCCUAAUGGAUAUGUGCUGCUACACCCGAACCUACAGCCUAAGAUCAUUAACUUCAGAGAACCGGUCACAUUGGACUUCUUGGAUGCUGAACUUCCAGACCGCAACAAGGAGGAGAUCCGUCGUCUAAUGAUUGAUGGCAAAUCAGGACAGAGGAGAAUCAAGACACUAGUGAAAUCUGUUGAUGAGCGCUACAUCGACGAGGCUCAGAGGACGUACAUAUGGAGUCCAGUGAGUGGCACAGAUUACAGUCUUGGUUUAGUUCUGCCGUCCUACAGUGAAAACCACAUCAGGGCCAACCUGAGCGACCAGAUCCUCCAGGUCCAAUACGGAUCAGACUUCAAGGAUUUUGAGUCUCUCCUGCCAAACACUUUUGAGUCAGAGGGACAUGUGUUCAUUGCCCCCAGGGAAUACUGCAAAGACCUGGAGCUGUCCAACAACAACACGGAGUUCCUGCUCAACUUCAUUGCUCUGAUGGAGAAGGUCACACCCGACUCCAAACAAUGUGACAAUUUCUUGCUGCAUAAUCUGAUCUUGGACACAGGCAUCAUUAAACAGCUGGUAGAUAAAGUCUGGAAGACCAAAGACCUCAACACGUACGGCUUUCUGGCAGUCUUUGCAGCCACAGAUGGAGGCGUCACUCGAGUUUUCCCCAAUAAGGCUGCUGAGACCUGGGAGGAAGAUCCAGAGCCAUUUAAUGCUAGUUAUUACCGCCGCAGUCUGGACAACAAGGGCUACAUCUUCAGAGCCCCAUAUCGCACCGGCAAUGAUGACAUGCUGAAUCCAGAGAACGACACCAUCGGUAUUCUGGUUAGCACAGCAGUGGACAUUACCAUAGGAAGCAGAAACAUCAAACCUGCAGUUGUGGGUGUGAAGCUUGAUCUUGAGGCUUGGACUGACAAAUUCAAGAUCUUGGCGAGCAACCACACCGAGAGCAACCGGCAGAGUUCUCAAACGUGUGGACCAACCAGUGGCUGUGAAAUGGACUGUGAAGCCAACAGUGAUGACUUGCUUUGUUAUCUGAUUGAUGACGGAGGCUUCCUCAUCAUGUCCAAUCAGAAAGACCACUGGAAUAAGAUUGGGAUGUUCUUCAGUGAGGUCGAUUCCACUCUCUUUUACGCCCUCUACAACAACUCCUUCUACAAACGCAAGCAGUCCUACGACUAUCAGUCAGUGUGUGACCCCGUGCCCAGCAGCAACACAGGGGCCGCCCCGCGAGGAGUGUUUGUGCCUACUAUUGCUGAUGUGUUAAAUGUUGCCUGGUGGACGUCAGCGGCUGCCUGGUCACUGCUGCAGCAGAUGCUGUAUGGAUUCACCUAUCAGAGUUGGUUCAUGACAGAUGAGGUGGACGCUGAAGGAAUGGAGCACAAAGAGACGAGCUGUGUGAUGGUACAGACGCAGUUUUACUUCAGUAACAUCAGCAGCUCCUACAACAUACUGCAGGACUGUGACAACUGCUCCAGAUUAAUUCAUGCUAAGAGAAUAAACAACACCAACUUGCUGUUUGUGGUGGCUGAAAGACUGUCCUGCAACUCCUGUGAAAUAGAGAACCUGUCUCAGUUGGAGACAGAAUAUAAGGAAACAGAUACAUGCGAGACAAUAACAACAGCCCGGUAUAGAAAAGGAACCACGACCUGUUUCGACUACAAUGUCACAGAGAACACAUCAGACUGUGGGCGGGGUCACUCGUUCCGCCCCUCCCUCUUCACUUUACUCCUCCUCCAGCUCCUCCUCCUGCCUGUUCUGGCUCACCCCUCUGUUUAACUCCAUCCUCCUGUCCUCCUCUCCCUCCUUCUCGUCUCCUUAAUUCUGCAUUUCUCCUUUAUCUCCCCGUUGCUCUAGUCAUAGGUAAUAUAAAGGGACUUCCUCCUGCCCUUAUAUGGAAGCCCAAUCGUACUGCUUCAUCCACUUAGCUUCACAGGUUGUUGCUUAGUGACCGUUGCAGAACUUUGUCCUCUCCUGCCAAUCAAGAGCAUUUGUGGGAGGAGCUAAAAGUGUCUUCAUGAAAACAGGAAGCUAGCGACGGCCAUCUAGGAAAACGAAGACGUGGUGGAAAAUGACACGGACUGUUCUCUCCUGCCUUUGCGGCCGUAAGGGGGUUGAGUUUUGCUCGACUCCGCCUCUAAAGGGGAAAGGUCAUCCUCAUCUUCAUCCUGUAACCCGUGUCGCGAGGCUACGUGACAUUCUGAUGCCGUCUUGCUUCCGGUAAUAAGAAAAUAACCGAAUAUGUGCAGAUUCUCAAAAAAAUAUCAAUAACAUCAUGUGAGUAUUAAAAACAUACCUCCAUAUAUUAGGGUAUUUAAUGAGAAAGGGAAGACGAUAGAUGUUAUUUAUUCAAUUAUCAUUUAUUUAUUUAUGCACUAUAUCUACUUCUUGCCAAAAUGAGACUUGUUGCGUGGUCUAAUUUUUCGAGCCAAAUUAGGAGGUAGGAAAACCACAGAAAAAGAAAGUGAAAUAAAAGCAGUAUCACACCAUUCCUUUAUCAGUCACAAGGGCUUCAUAUAUUUGUUAUUUCUAUGUAUAUCACUAACCUGAGCCGAUUAGGUUAGGCUUUUUUGUGUUUUGUUUUUUUCACAGGUAAACUAUAUUAAUGCCUCAGUUAUAUAAUAUUUGCAGCUAAUAUGUAAUAUCAUGUGUUCAUUUUUAAAGGACUAGUUUACUCAAAAAAUGACACUUCUGUUUGAUUUAUUCACCCUCAUGUAUGCUGUUAUUUUUUCUGUGGAACACCGAAUGAGAAAUUUAAAGGGUUAGUUCACCCCAAAAUGAAAAUUCUGUCAUUAAUUACUCGUGUCGUUCCCGUAAGUCUU